UCCGGGCAGCAGGCACAAUGGCAGUUUUACUUUGACACGUUACGGAGCCAACUCAAAGUACUUCCGGUGUCCUGGCGUGUCACGUGACCAGUGUGUCCUUGGUUUGCUAACUUUGACAUGUGAGAAGCAGAAACAUGUCUUUCCCUAAAAACCCCGGCCGCAAAGGAUUAGAUGUCUUGCAGAAUCUGCCGCGGAUAUCUUUAGCAAACUUGCGGCCCGAACCGGGAUCCACAAAGACGGAGAAACGUCGGGGCAGAGGCCAGCAUGGUGGGAACAGAAGCGGCCGAGGACACAAAGGCGAGCGGCAGAGAGGAACUCGACCCAGGCUGGGCUUUGAGGGGGGCAACAUUCCCUUUUAUCUGGCUAUUCCUCAAUACGGAUUCAAUGAAGGGCACAGUCGUCGUCCACAGUACCAGCCUCUGUCCCUGAAGCGACUGCAGUACCUGAUCGAUCUGGGCCGACUGGACCCGACCCAGCCCAUAGACCUGACCCAGCUUGUCAACGCCAGAGGAGUUACUGUUCAGCCUCUGAAGAGGGACUACGGCGUCCAGCUGGUUGACGAGGGUGCCGACAUAUUUGCAGCAAAAAUCAACAUUGAGGUUCAGAGAGCGUCCGAAGGAGCCAUAGCUGCAAUCGAAAGGAACGGAGGCGUCAUCACCAACAGUUACUACGACCCUAUAAGUCUUGGGAUUCUCAUAAAGCCCGUCCCGUUCUUCAUGCGUGGACAGCCUAUUCCAAAGCGCAUGCUGCCCGGGGAGGAUAUGGUCCCGUACUACACAGGUGCUGAAAACCGGGGUUACUUGGCAGACCCAAAAAAAAUCCAGCAGGCUCGACUCGACCUGGCUCAGAAGUACGGCUACGUUUUGCCAGACAUUUCAAAGGAUGAACUGUAUCACAUGCUGGCCAUGAGGAAGGAUGUUCGACAGAUCUUCUUUGGCCUCUCUCCAGGCUGGGUCGUUAACAUGCCGGAGAAGAAGAUCCUUAAACCUACGGACAAGAAGCUGCUGAAAUAUUACUCCUCAUAGGUGUUAAAUAGUGUGUGUUCAUGUAGAGCGUCUCAUGUUGAAAAUCAUUUUCUGUGGGAAGAACAGCAUUCUGUGUAUUGUCAUUAAACUUUACUUUGAAAACUAA